UGGACUUUGAGCUACUGACUCUCAGGAUCCAAAAUGAUUUAUAGCCCUUCACAGUUAAUAAAUCAGAAGCCUUCUAGUUACUCUCCCUGAUGAGGGCUCCUACUAGAGCUUGGCAUAUCAAAGACAUAUAAACUGUCCUACCUAAGCUUUGAAACUGCCGCAAUAGAAGAAGAAUAGAGUCAGGAUGUUGGGAGGAACGUGCUAGGGAGACAAGCUAUUACAUACUACAAUGGGUUUCUUAAGGAAGAUAGUAGCCUCCAAUGCCUGGAAGAUUAAGAGUACAAAAUCCUAGGAGUAUGGGAUGGCAGUCAUGGGAAGCAUGGGAAUGGAUAGUUACUCAAACAGUAUUAGUGACUUUCCCCUUUUUCCUUAGAUGAGGAAGGUCUAAAAGACCAGACCCAGGUCAUGAGGUCUGACCCCUUGGACACUAUGGCAUCCCCCUCCUCCCAGACUAAUAGUGCCGACACAGAGAUUAGCAGCUCUGAGUCCAACUUCAGUCUCUCUGUGGGCUAUUUUCCCUCACAGGAUAUAAACUCCUAUAUGGAAACAGGCCCAGAGAGUGAGUCCACUCAUUUCCUCCCACCCAUCCAAGGAGCAUGGCUGACUGAAAAUGCAAGGAGACCCAAAAGAAGAUUCAGCCGAGUUCAGACCAAAGCAGAUGAAAUUUCCAAACUUAGUAUUACCCUAGCGUGGGAUAUUGAUCUGGGACCUGACCACUCAGAUUCAAUGUCUGCCUGGAAUUUAAAGAAAGAAAAAAGCUGGGCAGACACCAACACAGAACAAAAUACAUACCAGCCUAUGGAAGAACUGGACUGUUUUGUUCAAAAGCUUGAAACAGAUAAAGAUAAUCACAGGGGAGAUGAUAGUUUUGUUCUUAAGUCACUCGCAAAAGAAGAUUCCCCAGUCACCAAAGAUUCCCCCAUCUCCACAGCUUCCCCUUCAGACACCAUUAAAACCAUCACUAAGUCCAUCCAAGAUGAGAACAUGUCUCACGACUCUUCAACUGGUCAACAUCCAGAAAAUGGGCAUCUGGUCCAACCAGUCAUACCACAGGAGUGCCAGCUCAGAGCAACAAAAAAGAUGGAGGCUUGGCAGGAAAGGAAGGAAACACCAAGCUGUAAGAGUAAGGGGAGAAGUUCUGCAGAAUCUUCCUCACUCUCCACAGGAAAGAGAGAGAACCAAUCUUCUGCUUCCCCAGAAAUACAGUCACUGUCCUGUUUGAACAUAGGUCGGCUUCUCAGGUGGUUAAGGGAGCAAGUCUUUUCCUCACUUUCAGGGAGAGAACAAUCCCAAAACAAGGCCACCAAGGGCACAAAACACCUAGUCCAGAGAAGACAGCGCUCAUAUAGAGAAAGAAGAGUCCAACCCCAGGACAUUCCCAAAUCUACCUAACUAUAGUCACUGGAUUUCUAUCUUUGUAAUAGCAACUGUCCCACUUUCCCCAAAGGGUCACCUUUAACUCUAAUAAAAUACAUCUAAAUUUC